AUGUUCCCUCUGCAACCCCUUCUGCUCCUGCUGCUGCCCCUGUGCCCCGGGCCAGGGGGCGAGGCCAAAGCCACUCGGAGCUGCGCUGAGACCCGGCAGGUGCUGGGAGCCCGGGGUUACAGCCUGAGCUUACUGCCUCCCACACUGAUCUCUGGUGAGCAUCUCCGGGUCUGCCCUCAGGAAUAUACUUGCUGCUCCAGUGAAACAGAGCAGAGGCUCACUAGGGAGACAGAAGAUACCUUUCGGGGUCUGGUGGAAGAAAGUGGAUCCUUUCUUGUCCAUACUCUAGCUGCUCGGCAUCGGAAAUUUGAUGAGUUUUUCCAGGAGUUGCUCUCUGCAUCUGAACGCUCCCUCUCCCAGUUGUUUUCUCGCUCCUAUGGCCGCCUGUUUGUCCAACAUGCACCAGUGUUCAGUGGGCUCUUCUCACAGCUACGAGGCCACUACCGGGGGACCAGUGCAGGAUUAGAUGAUGCCUUAUCUGAAUUUUGGACUCAACUCUUGGAAAGAGCAUUUCCCCUGCUCCAUCCACAGUACAGUUUCCCCCCUGACUACCUGCUUUGUCUUGCCCGCCUUUCUACAUCUCCAGAUGGCCAGCUACAGCCCUUUGGGGACUCACCCCGACGCCUCCGCCUGCAGGUUACUCGAGCUCUCGUAGCUGCUCGUGCCUUCAUCCAGGGACUGGCAACUGGAAGAGAUGUGGUCAGCUCAGCACUUAAGGUGUCAAUGUCUGAGGGCUGUGUCCGAGCUGUGAUGCGUCUGACUGGUUGUCCCCUAUGCCGAGGGUCGCCCUCCCUGCGGCCCUGCCGGGGUUUCUGCCUCAAUGUGGCUCGAGGCUGUCUCAGUACCGGGGGCCUAGAGCCGGACUGGGGGAGCUAUUUGGAUACACUCUUGCUCCUGGCAGAGAGGCUCCAAGGUCCCUUCUCCUUUGAGUUAGCAUCUGAGUCCAUUGGAGUGAAGAUCUCUGAGGGUUUGAUGUUUCUGCAGGAAAACAGUGUGGGGAUCUCAGCCCAGGUGUUUCAGGGAUGUGGGGGUCCUCAUCCAGCCCCUGCCCGUUCUCGGAGAGCUCCUUCACCCCAGGAUGAGGUUGGUCAACUGUGGACAUUUCCUCUUGAGGAAGAGUGGCCCACCACAGCAGCAGGAACCAAUUUGCCCCGGCUGGUGUGGGAGCUCCGGGAUCGACUGAGCCGGGUCCGGGGUUUCUGGGCAGGGCUGCCCCUGACACUGUGUGGAGAUCCACGAAUGUCAAUGGAUGUUACAGAAGAGGCAAUGCCCUGCUGGACAGGGGCUGGAUGGGGACGGUACCUGCCACCUGUAGUAGGAAGCUCCUUGGCAGAACAGCUAAAAAACCCAGAGUUGGAAGUGGACAUCUCAGGUCCCAGUCUCUCCACUAGACGGCAGAGACUGCAGCUUCGGGCAGCCACAGCUCGAAUGAGGGCAGCAGCUCUUGGGCAUGACCUGGACCUUCAAGAUGCAGAUGAGGAUGCUAGUGGUUCUGGGGAAGGGCAGCACUAUGCAGAUGACUGGACAGCAGGAGCAGCAGCUGUGGUCCCACCAGCCCGGCCCCCAAGAAGGAACACUCCUAUGGGUAAAGGUGGUGGUGGCAGUAGUCGCUACAACCACAAUGGUGCCAGGAGCCAAGUGACCUCUGGGAAUCUCCCUACCCACCCUUUUCUCCUUCUCCUAACCCUAACUCUGGUCCUGCUUGGAUUUCGAUAAUAGGAGCAAGGAGAAAGAAAGCAUGUACCCCAGCAACUGAAAGGUUAAUAACCCUUUUCACCUCUCCUCCCCAAAAGCCAUGUCUGGGGAGGAGCUAAAGGGGACCACUGAAUAUGGGCAGAGCUAAAAGAGUAUGAGUGGCUGGAGUCACAGAUUCAAUUGGACAGGAGGGUAGGAGUUAAACAAUAUUUAUUUUUCCAUUUGAUAGGGGAUGGAGGGUAUUUAUUUGGGGGGUGGGGAGUGUUCUCUAGGUCCUCUCCAGCCUGGGGCUGGGAGUGCUAACUCUUUGGGUGGUAGAAUUGUCAAGGUAGGAGCCAAGGGACUUGGGAGGAGGGAGGGAAUGGGGGAAAAAAACUGGUUGAAGGGACACCUUGAUUGUAGGAAGGAGGUUAGGAAGCGAAUUGUUUAAGUUUCUGCUUCUGUUGGCUUUUUUCAGUCUCAGUUUCUUAAAGAAAACCACAAAUUGAAAAAAAAAAAGCCAUCACUAAUUAUUCCUCUCCCUCUUAUCCAUGUCCCCACCUCUUUCAGUGUUUUACAUUUUUAAAAAUUCUGUAAAUAAAUGGUUAAUUUAUUGGA